CCAUCCCUGUGCUGGGCGGCGCGCUUCCGCCGGCGUGCGGAUCUGAAUCCGCAGUGGUGUGCGGUGAUGGAGCGGCGGGCAGGCUGUCGGCUUAGGCCGUGGAUGCUGUUAGUGCUCCUGUUGCCGGUGCAGGGCCGCCAGAAGGAGUCAGGCUCAAAAUGGAAAGUAUUUAUUGACCAAAUUAACAGGGCUUUGGAGAAUUAUGAACCAUGUUCAAGUCAAAACUGCAGCUGCUAUCACGGCAUCAUAGAAGAGGAUCUGACUCCUUUUCGAGGUGGUAUCUCCAGGAAGAUGAUGGCUGAAGUGGUCAGACGGAAGCUAGGAACCCACUACCAGAUCAUUAAGAACAGGUUAUACAGGGAAGAUGACUGCAUGUUUCCCUCCAGGUGUAGUGGUGUCCAACACUUUCUUUUGGAAAUUAUUAGUCGCCUCCCUGACAUGGAAAUGGUAAUCAAUGUACGAGAUUACCCUCAGGUUCCUAGAUGGAUGGAGCCUACCAUUCCUGUCUUCUCCUUCAGUAAGACAUCGGAGUACCAUGAUAUCAUGUAUCCUGCAUGGACAUUUUGGGAAGGGGGCCCUGCUGUGUGGCCACUGUAUCCUACAGGUCUCGGACGGUGGGACCUCUUCAGAGAAGAUAUGAUGAGGUCAGCAGCACAGUGGCCAUGGGAAAAGAAAAAUUCUACAGCGUAUUUCAGAGGAUCAAGGACAAGCCCAGAAAGAGAUCCUCUCAUUCUCCUAUCUCGGAAAAAUCCGAAACUCGUUGAUGCAGAAUACACCAAAAACCAGGCCUGGAAAUCUAUGAAAGAUACCUUGGGAAAGCCAGCUGCUAAGGAUGUGCACCUUAUAGACCACUGCAAAUACAAGUAUCUGUUUAAUUUUCGAGGUGUGGCUGCAAGUUUCCGGUUCAAACACCUCUUCUUGUGUGGUUCGCUGGUCUUCCAUGUUGGUGAUGAGUGGGUAGAAUUCUUUUACCCACAGCUAAAGCCAUGGGUUCACUACAUCCCAGUUAAAACAGACCUCUCCAAUGUCCAGGAGCUGUUGCAAUUUGUAAAAGCAAAUGAUGAUAUUGCUCAGGAAAUUGCUGAAAGGGGAAGCCAGUUCAUCAUAAACCAUUUGCAGAUGGAUGACAUCACCUGUUACUGGGAGAACCUCUUGACUGAAUACUCCAAAUUCCUGUCCUACAAUGUAACAAGAAGGAAAGAUUAUAAUCAGAUCAUUCCCAGACUUUUGAAAACUGAACUAUAGUAUCUGUCAGAGAACAAGAGUCCUGACAGUGAAUCUGAGAUGUUCUGUGGUAAAAUACCAUGAGCAUGAACCUAUACCCUGAAUACCUUUGGCCAAGCCAAACACCCAGUUUUCCUUAUCAUGUCUAAUCCAGAGGGACUCUUGAGAAAGAUCUAAAAUGUGUGUAAUGAACAGAAACGAAGCAGCUCGGCCCUUUGAAAUCAUGAAAUAAGGAUUUGGAACUGCAUUCUAACCCUCAUUUUUUUAUGAUCAAUCAGAGCUUGUGCCUCAGGUCAUCUACACGCUUCAUCACUGUGAAACUGACUGGGUCCACGUGAAGAUGCCCUCUUGUCCUGUUAUUUGGAGCCAACCAUUGAUCAUUGGGAAUGAGUACAAUACACUAGCAACUCUGAAGUUAUUCUAGGCCCAAUCUCUGUUCUUUUAUUUUACUAUGGAGUUUGUGAAAAAUCCUAUGGUGUUUGUGAGAAAUACCACAGUGAUCAUUCUUUCAAGAGUCUAAAGAAAGAGGAGCUCUGCCAUGCAGUGCUGUUGGAGUUCUUUGGCACUCAGGAAGUUUCUAUAAUGCCUCAGUUGCAUGAGUAACUUUUGCAGUUAGAUUUCGAGUUCCCAUUUUGUGCCUUUAUACCCUUUGUCUCUCUAAAAAAGAGAGAGAAAGAGAAAUUUAUUUUCUAAUAUGUUCAGGAAGCAGUCUCAUUGUGCCCCUGCAAUUCUAGCACUGCUGAAGUAGAAACAGGAAGAUACGUUCAUGGCCACCUUCAGCUAACACAAGAGCUUAAGGGCAGCGUGGCUACGCCUGGUCCUGUCUCAUAAAUCUAACUCACGUUUUGCACACCUUUUAUUUUGCCUUCUUAAGUUAGUGACUGCAGGACUGUCUCAAUUUGCAGACACCACAAUCUUCAUAUGUGAAGAUUACAUCAUGAAGUGGCACUUGAUAGAGCUUUCAUUUUUUACUCCUAUAUGAGGAAAUUUAGUGCAGAUAAUUAUUGAAGAACUUCCUCAUUACCCUCCUGGAAAAGAUAGAAGGACAGCUUGUGUCAAGUUAAAGCUCCAGUGUCACUUCUUUGAACGUUGUUCUUGGCAGUUAGUGGCUA